CCAAUAAACAAACCCAGACCUCUCUCCAUAAGAUAAUGAAGAGAGAGAAAGUCUAGAUUCUACACGAACAAGAGAGAGAUGAUAUAGUUUCAGGGCUGACUAAAAAAGUCAGACGAAGGAAAGGAAGCAACAUCCAGUGGUCUUUGGAGCCCGCAAAUAAAGAAAAGGGAAAAAAUUAGAGAAGGCAACAGAGGGAAAGGAGAGAUGCAGCAGAAAAAGCAGAGGUUGCAAAUAUAAGAAAGACAAACCCAUUUUUCUCCCUCUUUUUGUUCUCAUAUCUGUGUUAUUUUGGAAGAGAUUAGGUUCUCAAAAGCCGAGUCCAGUAGCUCUUAUAGCUUCUUCAUCUAGAUUGCUUCUUUGGAUAACCACAGCAGCAUAAUCGAAAGAGACCUAUCUCGGCGUUUUUAGUACAUACCCUGAGCUCUAAACCGAGCUGUACAAGCUCUUCCUUCAUCUUCUUCCUAUGUUCUUUCCGGAAGAAGAAAACCCUGUUAGGGAAAAGAUGGAGGAUUUGUAUAAUCAACUUGCCAGGUCCUCUUAUAAGGAAUCCGUUAAAGCCCUGGAGGCUGAUAUACAACAUGCCAAUACUUUGGCGGCAUCAAUUCCAAGAGCCAAGGGUGGUGCGUGUCUUCAAAUGAAAUUAGUUUACAGCAACUUGACUCCUUUGUUUCUGUUUCUGCUUCAGUGGAUGGAUUCCUCUUGUACCUGCCUACUACAGAGAUAUAUUGACCUCUUUCACAUAGUGGUGUAUAAGGUUUAUGCAGAUGGGAGGCCUAACAUUUCUUCACAUGGGAGGAAAGCGACAAUUAGGCAAUUUUAUGCUGUCAUAUUGCCCUCUCUACAACAGCUCAAUGGUGAUUCUUAUGAGAGGAGUUGCAGCAUGGAGGUGUUUGGUAGAAAGAGAGUGGAAGAGAAGAGGAAGUUCUCUGAUAUGGAUUUGGAGAGAGAAGAUGAAUGUGGCAUUUGCAUGGAACCAUGCACCAAGAUGCUCAUGCCUACUUGUUGCCAUGCCAUGUGCAUUAAUUGCUACCAUGACUGGAAUACAAGGUCAGAGUCCUGCCCAUUUUGUCGAGGUAGCAUAAAGAGAGUUAAGUCAGGAGAUCUAUGGGUUCUCACCAGUAAGAGUGAUGUGGUAGACAGAGAGACAGUGGCCAAGGAGGAGCUGUUGCGGUUCUACCUCUAUAUCAAUAAGCUGCCAAAAGAUAUUCCAGACGUCCUUUUCUUAGUGUAUUAUGAAUACCUGAUCUGAUCAGAGGAAGAUCUGAAUAAUAAUGUACAGUAAGUAUCAAUCUGAUGUUUAAGAAAGAGAAAAAGCCGACCGUAGCUUGUAGACAGAGUCUGGUGAGAAAAAAUCUCUUAGUUUAGGCAUCAAAUAAUCUCAUCCUCUCUUUUACUUCCAUAGAACUGUGUAAAACCUCAGUGACAGAGGUCCCGAAAAUGAAUGAAAGUCGAAUCUCUAAAUUUAAAAAAAUGGAGAUCCAACAUUUCCACUCUUUUCCUCUUUAA